CACCUAACCUUUCAGGAUCCAACGUGGUUUUGCGACAGUGUUUUGAAAUACAUUUUACGGCAGUGUCAUGGCGGCGUUAGGGGGCAGUUUUGAAAGUGUUAAUAUCAUCGAAAAUCGAAGAGAAAACAAACGUAAAGCUAGGGAGGAAGCCAUUCAAAAGGCAAAGCAGCAGUAUGAGAAGGAGGAGAAGAAAAAAGAGCUGAAGAGACAGAAAGGAGAGGACACCUGGAUGCUCCCAGAGGUUGACCUACGACUGCAGCAGCUAGAACAGGAAGGCAAAAGCAAGAAGAAGAAAGAGAAGAAGGCAAAGAAGAGUAAGAAAGAAAAGAAGAAAGGGAAAAAAGAGAAGAAGAGGGCCCAGGGAAGAGAUGGCUCCAGUGACAGCUCAGAGGGGUCAAAUGAUGAGUGGGUGGAGGCCCAGCCCCAGACAGGAGCCUCAGGGAAAGCCUGGAAGAUUCCUGACAAGUCCGAGGUCAAGCCCACAGGCAGCAUUCCUACCCUAGCCGAGAACAACAAGAGAGAUGAGUGGAUGACCUUUGACUUCCUGACAAUGAGAACGACGUCAACAGCAGAGAAGAGGGCUGAGAAAGAAAGGCUAAAAGAGGAGGAGAGUGAGAAGGCCCGGGUCAUUGAGCAGGCUGGUCUACACAAGCUGGAGUUGAACCCUUUCUGGAAGGAUGGGGGUAGUGGCUUGCCCCCAGAGAAGACAGCCACCACUGUUGUUAAAAAAGCUGCCAUAGUAGAUGAUGGUGGACUAGGUUGGCUAAGGAAGUCGUACCAGAGGAUGAAAGAGCAGGCGGAAAGAGAGCAACGCAGUCUGGAAACCAUAGUGGCAGAGAGAUACGGGUCCAUGGAGAUGUUCCAGAGGAGGAUGGAGGAGGCUGAGAUGGCUGUCUACGGCUACAAAAGAGGAGCAGCAGAGGGGAUGGGCAGAGGGAGAGGAGACGAAGAGAGGAGAAACAGGUGGAGAGGAGAAAGGGAGGACCUAGGGAGAGGAGACGAAGAGAGGAGAAACAGGUGGAGAGGAGAAAGAGAUGGAAUGGACAGGGAGGACCUGGGGAGAGGAGACGAAGAGAGGAGAAACAGGUGGAGAGGAGAAAGAGAGGGAAUGGACAGGGAGGACCGAGGGAGAGUGGACGAAGAGGGGCGGGAGAGGUGGAGGAGAGGAGACGAGCGGGGAGAGGGGGGGAGACCAGACAAGGGUAGAAUCCCGCUCCUGGGUGGAGAAAUGGACAGUGAGAAAGUAAGAGGUAGAGACAGACAGCUUGAUGGCGGUAGAGACCGAGAGACACUGAGGGAUGGAAGAAGAGUGAGAGAAAGAGAGAGGGAUGGGGGAAGACAGGGUGAAGGAGAUGGGAACCGAAGAGAGAGAGAUGGAGGUAGACCUACUGACAGGGACAAAGAGAGGGAUGGGGGAAGACAGGGUGAUGGAGAUGGGAACCGAAGAAGAGAGAGGGAUGAAGGUAGGGACCGAGAAAGACCCAGAGAAAGAGACAGGGAUGAUAGUCAUGGUUCUACAUUAAGCCGAAGCCAGCCUCCCGUUUCUCUUGGAUCUCUGAAAAGUCGCUUUCUUAAGCCUGCAGAUGAUGAUGAUUAUGCCGCUGCUCCAUCCAAAGCUGCUGUGGGUUUCCUUAAACCUGAGUCAGACGAAGAGUCAGACUGCAAGAGCAGUGGCCAUCCCAGGGGGAAGAGCGGCUCAAGACCGGAAACUGCUCCUGGAAAACCAAAUCGGGAAAAUGCAAAAGACUAUAGAUCUGAGAGCAGCUGUGACAGUUCGAGUGAGGAGGACGAGGAGGAAGAGGUGCCGAUCCUCACAGAUGAGGAGAUGAAUAAACUGGGGGCCAGGCUGGUGAAGGCCGAGAUUAUGGGCAACACUGCCCUGAUGGAAAAACUAAAGGGCCAGCUGGAAUCGGCCCGUAAAGCCAAAGAGAACCGUGCCACAAAGCAACCUGGGAAAUCAGACAAGCCUCCAGGUCAAACGGAGGAGGACCAGGAAGUACUUCUGUUCAGAACAGACCAAUCGGGUCACGCCUGGCCAGUCAGCGCAUCUUCAGAACCCCAGGAGCCCAGAGGAGGGCGGAGGAAAAAGAAGGCGAUUGAGACCCACAGGGAUGGGGAGCGUGUGAGGUACUUCCAGGAUGAUGAUGGUGUGGAUCUAAAAGAGAUGGUCCGUAGGGAGAAGAUGAGCACUGCAGAGGACCAGAACUCCCUUUAUGCACGCAUGGCUGGAAAGAUGAUGGGAAAGGCAGACGGCGACAACUACACUCUUGAUGACAUGUUUGUGUCGAGCGUGGCCCAGAGAGAGGGGGAGGGGCAGGACGAGGAGAGGAUGAGAAGCAGAGCCAUAGCAGAACACAGGCGGUUGGCCGUUACCAUGGAGAAAUGCCAUCACUGCUUUAGCAAUCCGGAGCUACAGAAACACCUCCUCAUCGCAAUAGGAACCAAGGUGUAUCUGAGCCUACCUGCAGGUGUCUCUCUGACCGAAGGUCACUGUCUGAUUGCACCGCUCCAACACCACUGCUCUGCCACUGGAUUGGAUGAGGAUGUGUGGACUGAGAUCCAGGCGUUCCGCAAGGCGCUGGUGCAGAUGUUUGAAAACCAGGAUCAGGAUUGUGUGUUCAUGGAGACGCACAUGAACGUAAAGAGACGCCAGCACAUGGUCCUGGAGUGUAUCCCUCUACCCAGAGAACUGGGAGACAUGGCUCCCAUUUACUUCAAGAAAGCACUCAUGGAGUGUGAUGAGGAGUGGGCGAUGAAUAAGAAGGUCGUGGAUCUCUCCUCCAAAGACAUCCGCCAUGCUGUGCCACGUGGUCUUCCAUACUUCUCAGUAGACUUUGGUCUGCAGGGGGGCUUUGCUCACGUUAUAGAGAACGAACACAAGUUCCCCCACUACUUUGGCAAGGAAAUAGUUGGGGGGAUGUUGGACGUGGAGCCCAGGAUAUGGCGGAAAUCUAUCAGAGAGAACUUUGAUGAUCAGAGGAAGAAAGUCCUCGAGUUCUCCCAGUGGUGGAAACCCUUUGACUGCACAAAGACAGGCAGCUGAGUGAACCUGUUUAAGAGCCCACAAGUCUACGAGUUUUAAAAAAGCCCUUUGUAUAUCUGAAAAUAUUCAGUAUACUGCUUGCAAGCAAUAUGGUGUUGGCUGUCUUUGUAGGCUAUGAAUGAAAGAACCUUUGCGUCAUAAUCCCCUCUGAUCAUUUCACUUGUUUUACGCAGAUUAGUCUGAUGUACAGAAAAACCAACUGUAUCUUAAACGCUUAUGUAUAAUUGUUGUGUGGAUAAAAUACGUUCUUUUGACUGGUCUAAAAAUAAAUUUGACUUUUUCUUUAA